AUGAAUAGCUAUUACUAUUACCUGACAUGUUUUGUAAUUAUAUGUUUUAAUUUGUUUGUGUGUAACAUUAUAAGUUGCAAAACUGUUUACAAUUGUAAUAGUACUAAAGGGGGUAAGUCAGUCUUAUUAAAAAGGAGAAAGAAUAGUCCCUUAAAAUUCAAGGAAAUGCAAAAAACAAAUAAUAUAAACAAACAGAAUGUAAAAAAUGAUAACUUAUAUUACUUAGGGACAAAUAUGUUCAUUACAUCAGCAUAUCAGCCGCUUAAACUACAUCAUAAAAUAUAUAAAGAUAUAAAUAAAAGUGAUAAAAAAGUUAAAAGAAAUACAAAAUGGAGAUAUAAAAUACUAAAAGCAACAGAUAAACAAGUUAAUAAUUUAAAAAAAAUAAAAAAUAUUGAUAAUACUAUAUUAGGUAAUAAUUUUCAUGAUAAAGAAGAUGAAAUUAUAGAUCAAAUUCCAGAUAAGUUUUUAAAUGUUUUUAAAUGGGCUUUAGAAUUUAAAUUAAAAAAUUUUAAUUGUAAGUUUUCAAGGAUAACUAAACUAGCAAAAAAAAAUAAUGAACAAUUAAAAUCAUUAGAUAAUUAUGCGAUAGGAUAUAAAGAAAAUUUAUUAGCCAUGCUACAAAAUGAUAAAAAUUUCUUUGUAAAUAUAGUUAAAAAAUUAAAAUCAAAAGAUUAUUUUAAUUUUGAUAUCUAUUCUAUUUUUAAAUUUCUUAAUAUAGACAUAAGGUUUUUAUUCAAUCCAGAUUGCCAUGAUGAAUCCGCUAUCUUUUUUCUAAUUUUUGGAAACCUUGAUAAAUCUAUUAAUUAUUUUAUCGAUAAUAAAUACACAGUUAAUUUUGAUCAAAUGCCCAACGAUUCCAAUUAUGAUACUCAAGAAAAUGGACAACCACAUAUGACUAUAAGGGAAAGAAAACGACUACUUAGAAUCCAAAAAAAAUUAGCUAGAGAAGAGAAAAGGAGGCUCUACAAUGAGCGUCUAGCCAUUUCCUCAGAAAACCCCAACCCAACCGGUGAUAAUGCUAGCAGUGAUAAUGUAAGUGAUAAAAAUGUAAGUGAUAAAAAUGUCGACAAAAUACCAAGUCCGACCAACGAAAGGCAAAUAGAAAAGGAAAGCAUAACAAAAGUUAACAUAAAAAAGUCAUCGAGCAUAGAUGAAAAAUUAUCAUUCUUUCUUAAGUACUACAAAGAAUUGGAAUAUUUUUUUACAAACCAUUUUAAAAGUGGUGAUGAAAUAAAAAACUUUUUUGAAACAUGCAAUGAAGAGGAAGAUAAAAUAAUAAAAGAAGAAAUAAGUUUUAAUUCAAAUGGAGAACAAAUUAUAAAUAAAAAAGAAAUAAUAAAAAAUGGAUUAAAUUUAGAGAUGAUAAAAAAAGUAAUUAAGACAUCUCCUAGAUUGUCAUUAAUAAAUAAAAAUACAUUAGCAAAAAGAAUAGCACAUUAUAGAAAUGAAGUUAAUUAUACAUAUGAUGAACUUAUGGAUAUAUUAUAUAAUUUACCUCAAUUUUAUUCUUUUGGAAAUUUAAAAAAAAAAUAUAAUGAGUUAUUAAAUUUACACCAAUCAAUAAAAGAAGAUGACUUAAAAAAACUUAUAAAAAUAUAUCCUAGAAUAUUUACAUAUAAUAUUUAUAGAACUAUAAGACCUAAAUUAUUAUAUUUAAUUAGACAUCUAAAUAAAACUUUUACUGAUUCUAUUUCUUUCCCUCAAUAUUAUAGUUACAGUUUCAGAUUAAGAAUAAUACCAAGACAUGUUGCAUAUAUGAGUUUAUAUUAUGACGAUUAUAUUAAAUAUUAUAAAGAAUUAUUAAAAAAAUAUAACUAUGCAGAUUUUAAUAAUAAAUUUAAUAGUUUAGUUUAUAAUUCUAAUAUACCUCCAAUUAAUUUAAAAAAAUUAUUACAAACAUCUAAUAAAGAAUUUAUUGAAUAUUAUAAAAUACCUUAUUAUCAAUUUGUUAAAUCUACACAGCUAGCCAAAAAUAUACAAAAUCCAUUUAUUAUUUAUUAA